GCCCAGGUCAAGGCCGAGAGAGGGCCCGUGUCCCCGCGGAGGUCAAGGCCGAGAGAGGGCCCGUGACCCCGCACAGGUCAAGGCCGAGAGAGGGCCCGUGACCCCGCACAGGCCCAGGUCAAGGCCGAGAGAGGGCCCGUGUCCCCACGCAGGCCCAGGUCAAGGCCCAGAGAGGGCCCGAGUCCCCACGCAGGCCCAGGUCAAGGCCGAGAGAGGGCCCGUGACCCCGCACAGGCCUAGGCCUAAAGUCCUUGUCCCUGUCCAGGCUAGGGCCGAGGCUGAAAGGGGGCCCCUGUUCCCUCGCAGGCCAAGGCCCAGAGUCCCCGUGCUCGCACAGAUGGUGUCCUGGGGCCCAGUCGCGCUCCCCCCUCGCGGCAGCCCCUGUGUACUGGGCCUUGCAAAGUCCGUUAGGAGCGCUCCAGGGCUACAGGGCCCAGCGGUUAACAAACUCAUAGAAAGUGCAUAGUAAAUCAUUGUUGAAUACAUGAAAACACCAAAGAAAGAAGGAAGAACAGCAGGAGAAAGUAUACGUAGCUUGAAACAAAGGGGGAGAGACAUAAUCUGCUCAGAGUUUGAUAUCAUCCUCAGGUGGUGAAACAGGAAGCAACAUCCCAUCAGGAAGAACCCGAGGGUGCCAUCCAGCAGCUUCGCCUCACGUCACUGACUGCCCUCAGUCAGAAAUCUUGACUCGCAACUUUGGAGGGUGGGUCUCUGAAGGAAUUUCAGGUCUUACACAGAGAUGAGUUGUGCUGCUCUCUGAGAACGAAGCUGGUUGGAACAUUGGAAGCUGCUCUCUGACUACACUUCACAAGCAAGGGGCACUUUUGUGGACUGACAUUUCAGCAAGGGAUGUUGUGAAACAAAAGCUGACAUUUAUAUAUAUAUAUAUAUACAUAUACACAGUAUUUGAGUUCCUCAGUAGAAAGCUAUCAUAUAUACUCAGUAGGUGACGAUAAUAAGAUGAGGUUACUGUAUAACGCUUCCCCAGCACAUUACAGUGUUCAGAUGGCGUUAUUCCCUCUGGUCCCCACUGCUCUGGCCAAACCUUCUCUCUGCUGACUGCAUCUAUUGCUGUGAGCUGAUUGUCCUCUAGUUUCUCCAUCUCCUGAGGCAUGCUUCACACCACUGCCGGAAGAGCUGCCAGAAUGUUUUGGACGUUUAAAGAAUGGUUCUGGUUGGAAAGAUUCUGGCUUCCUCCAACAAUAAAGUGGUCAGAUCUUGAGGAUCACGAUGGACUCGUCUUUGUAAAACCUUCUCAUUUAUACGUGACAAUUCCAUAUGCUUUUCUCUUGCUGAUUAUCAGACGUGUAUUUGAAAAAUUUGUUGCUUCACCUCUAGCAAAAUCAUUUGGCAUUAAAGAGACAGUUCGAAAGGUUACACCAAAUACUGUCUUAGAGAAUUUUUUCAAACAUUCCACAAGGCAACCAUUGCAAACUGAUAUUUAUGGACUGGCAAAGAAGUGUAACUUGACGGAGCGCCAGGUGGAAAGAUGGUUUAGGAGUCGGCGGAAUCAAGAGAGGCCUUCCAGGCUGAAGAAAUUCCAGGAAGCUUGCUGGAGAUUUGCAUUUUACUUAAUGAUCACUGUUGCUGGAAUUGCGUUUCUUUAUGAUAAACCUUGGCUAUAUGACUUAUGGGAGGUUUGGAAUGGCUAUCCCAAACAGCCACUGCUGCCAUCCCAGUACUGGUACUACAUUUUAGAAAUGAGUUUUUAUUGGUCUCUGUUAUUUAGACUUGGCUUUGAUGUCAAGAGAAAGGAUUUUCUAGCUCAUAUCAUCCACCACCUGGCUGCUAUUAGUCUGAUGAGCUUCUCUUGGUGUGCUAAUUAUAUUCGCAGUGGGACCCUCGUGAUGAUUGUACACGAUGUGGCUGACAUUUGGCUGGAGUCUGCUAAGAUGUUUUCUUAUGCUGGAUGGACGCAGACCUGUAACACCCUGUUUUUCAUCUUCUCCACCAUAUUUUUCAUCAGCCGCCUCAUUGUUUUUCCUUUCUGGAUUUUAUAUUGCACGCUGAUCUUGCCUAUGUAUCACCUCGAGCCUUUCUUUUCAUACAUCUUCCUCAACCUACAGCUCAUGAUCUUGCAGGUCCUUCACCUUUACUGGGGUUAUUACAUCUUGAAGAUGCUCAACAGAUGUAUAUUCAUGAAGAGCAUCCAGGAUGUGAGGAGUGAUGACGAGGAUUAUGAAGAGGAAGAGGAAGAGGAAGAAGAAGAGGCUACCAAAGGCAAAGACAUGGAUUGUUUAAAGAACGGCCUCGGGGCUGAGAGGCACCUCAUUCCCAAUGGCCAGCAUGGCCAUUAGCUGGAAGCCCACAGGACUCCUAUGGCACAGCAUGCUGCAAGUACUGUUGGCAGCCUGGCUUCCAGGCCCCACACAGACCCCACAUUCUGCCCUUCCCUCUUUCUCACCACCGCCUUCCCUCCCACCUAAGAUGUGUUUACCAAAAUGUUGUUAACUUGUGUUAAAAUGUUAAAUAUAAGCAUGCCCAUGGAUUUUUACUGCAGUUAGGACUCAGACUGGUCAAAGAUUUCAAAGAUUUCUCCACAGAACUGUCUCAGUUCUAAUUGCACUCCUUCAUGCAUGUCACUUUCUCAGGGGCUCACUUUGUUAUAGGCCCUUUCGCCUCGCCACCUUGCCUGUCCUCAGGACACUUUCACAGGUGCUAAGUAAUCUCAUUUUUCCCAGGUGUGUUUGGCCACAAAUAGCAGCUUCUUUCUCAAAAUGAGUUAGAAGUGGCAGUGGGACAGGAGCAGAAGGACCACACCAGGAGACACUUCCAUCCUGAAGCUUAGGUGCCUCAUCUCCACAGGGCGGUGGCAGUCCCUGCCUGCCACCCCACAGGGUUGCAGCAAGGAUUAAGUGAGAUCACAGAAGUUUAAGUACACACUGUCAACCGUGGGGUCAUCGUGAACCAACCCACUUUGCACUGUUUGGGAGACAGAAACCUGGCUAAACAUGGCACUGCAAUGGGCCUGAACAAAAGGCAGAAUCUUUAAAAAUUCCUCUUAAAUGACUCUGGAGAUACCUGGAAAUGAAAGUGCCAAGAAAGGUGUGCCAUUUUAUUUGCUAACUAUUUAUGCAUUAGCUCCCCAAGGGUCAUUCUCAGAUUCUCCUGGAAUUCUUCUCCCUCAGGACCCAUGGUUCAAGGAAGGAAAUUUAGGCCCUGUUCCUUCCUGUCCUUUGCUGGUCUUUCCCUUUUUUCCUUUCUAGGAGGGAAGCUUCUGUGCUGCUGCCCUGAGCCCUUCCUUCAGGCCAGCACAGUACCUGGGGACCUCCACGGGGGAAUGGGAUCCAGGCCAGGUUGCUUGCUGAGCCUCAUCACCCAGGAGGCCUGAGCCUCUGGGGAGGGCACGCAUGUACACUGCCAGACCCAGGGGAGAUCUUGGGAACAGAGGAUGCUACGUGAUUUCCUCUGGCUUCCAACCCAAUCAGCCUGCAUCACAGUGAAACACAACACAAAAGGCCAUAAAAGGUAUACCCCUGAGAAAUGUUUAAGGGCAGGUGCUAGAGUCAGUGCCAGCUCCCUGGGAGGAGGGAUAGGGACGGGCAGAUCAGUAGCCAGCUUGUCCUCACCCUCAGGAAGGGAGCACCGGAGAAGACUUGCACACGUCCCUGCCUCCCCUGUGGCCUUGUCACCAGAAGGACACAUCUCCUGGGCACAAUGUGUAGGGCUGACCUGGGAGACUUCUCAGGUGGCUGCUGACUGAGGAGAGGCCAGGCCUUCCCAAGGAAGACCCUGAGUAAAAUCUGCGUCUGUCCUCACCACCCGGCACAGUCUCUCAUAACGGUCAGAUUUUGUAUGUUCAUCCUAUUUAUUCAGGGGCUCGUAGUAGAAAGCCACAGGAGAGGUCGGCUUGUAGGGACUGGAAAAUCAGCCCCAAGCAGAGCAGCUGCAGGGCCCCUGGAGCCGGAAGGACACUGCACAAAACAGACUGCGUUAUUGUUAUUUUUAAAUAAAAAUAUACAUUUGAAACCUUAAGGCUAAACAAAAAUAAACAAAAAAUCCUUUAGAAUUCUUUCCACAACAAUAUCUCUUUCUGAGAAGUUGUUACAAACAAGGUCAGAUUUUCUCUGUAUAACAUUUGCUUUUAUGAGGACAAUAUCAUAUGCAUUAUAUGCAUAAUAUGAUAUUAUAAAUCAAAACGCCUGCACCCACUUUAGGGCAUAGCUAUUGACUUAUUAUUAAUAUUACAUUAUUAUUAUUUUGCUGGAAGAAGGUCACACUAAGAUAUAAUUUUUUAUGUUUUCAGUUAACGGUAUGUUUUCUUCUUUGCUUAUUUGGUUUUUGUCUCUGUACCAAAUAUCUUCUUGCUUAAGGUAGAAAAGUGUUUGUUUACCUCUAUCUCCAGUUUUUUUUCUUAUUUGAAUGUUGAAGGUAAAAUUGAUAUACCAAUUUUAACUAUUUCUGAUACAGCUGAAAGCACUAAACUACUUCAUAAGAAGUAGAUACUCAUUUUUGUAACACUAUUUAGGGCUUUUGUGGUUAAUUUUAAAGGAAACCACUCUUUCUACAGGAAACAAGGGCUCAGGAUUCUUCAGAUGACCUUUUAAAAAUGCAGUCCACAGUGCUAUCAAUAUUGUAACAGUAAUGACUACAAUAAAGGCAAAAGUCCAGUGUA